AAGGGGAGGGGCUUUCGUUAUCGCGCAUGGAGCAAACCUCGCAGUUCUUUCGCAGUACCCAUGCCCGCGAGUCAGAGCCUCGGGGAAAGAAGUGAAGACCAGAACCGGCCAACAGAAAGGCAGGGAAGGAGAGUACCGACUUUAACUGAAGUCAAAGGCGGAGGACACAAGAGGGCGAACGCUCGCCCCUGAUUGGUCCAAGGCCAUCCUUGAGGCCCCACGCAGCUGCCUUGAUUGGUUGGUACUCUCAAUUGUGGCGGCGGCGGUGAUUUUGCCCACGUACUUCCCAAAGAGGGGCGGGUCUGUGCCCUGGAGUGCGUGCGCAGCGCCACCCGGGCCCCACCCGGUAGUUCAAGAACCUGGGAGGGGGCGGGGCGAAGAGGCACUUGUUUUGGUUCUGUUUCCUUUGAAGCAGAAGGCAGGAACGAGCAUAUCAAAAAACUUGCUGAACUUGGAGAGAACGCUGCGAGAAACUCGCAACAGUACCUUCACCUUGGACUUCAUAUCCGGGUUCUCCUCCCGGCGUAACCCGCGCACCCACCGAGGGUUCUCGAACCGGUGCUUUAAUCCCUUUAUCCGGAUUCCGCCCUUCCCGACGUCCUUCGCGCACAACAGUAGCCCCCCCCAUCCGGGUUAUCUCCCAGCGUGCCCCGCGCCGGGUUUGCUGGGGGGUACUCGGCGGUGCCGCCAUGACUAUUCUCCCCAAAAAGAAGCCCCCGCCUCCCGACGCCGACCCCGCAAACGAAUCGCCGCCGCCCGGGCCCCUGCCCCCGGCGCCGCGCCGCGGCGGGGGUGUGGGCGUGGGCGGCGGCGGCACGGGCGUGGGCGGCGGCGACCGUGAUCGUGACUCGGGCGUCGUGGGGGCUCGUCCCCGGGCCUCGCCACCGCCUCAGGGUCCGCUACCGGGGCCUCCAGGCGCGCUUCAUCGUUGGGCGCUGGCCGUCCCGCCCGGCGCUGUGGCGGGUCCCCGGCCGCAACAGGCCUCUCCACCUCCGUGCGGAGGCCCAGGAGGUCCGGGCGGUGGUCCUGGCGACGCACUGGGACCGGCAGGGGCGGGCGUGGGUGGGGCGGGCGUGGUGGUGGGCGUGGGCGGUGCUGUGGGCGUGGGCGGUUGCUGCUCCGGGCCGGGGCACAGCAAGCGGCGGCGUCAAGCCCCUGGGGUUGGCGCGGUUGGCGGAGGUAGUCCUGAGCGUGAGGAGGUCGGCGCUGGCUACAACAGCGAGGAUGAAUAUGAAGCGGCGGCAGCACGCAUCGAGGCCAUGGACCCUGCCACUGUUGAGCAGCAGGAGCACUGGUUUGAAAAGGCCCUGCGAGACAAGAAGGGCUUCAUCAUCAAGCAGAUGAAGGAGGAUGGCGCCUGUCUUUUCCGGGCUGUAGCUGACCAGGUGUAUGGAGACCAGGAUAUGCAUGAGGUUGUGCGAAAGCACUGCAUGGACUACCUGAUGAAGAAUGCUGACUACUUCUCCAACUAUGUCACAGAGGACUUCACCACCUAUAUCAACCGGAAGCGGAAAAACAACUGCCAUGGCAACCACAUUGAGAUGCAGGCCAUGGCAGAGAUGUACAACCGUCCUGUGGAGGUGUAUCAAUACAGCACAGAACCCAUCAACACAUUCCAUGGGAUCCAUCAAAAUGAGGAUGAACCCAUCCGUGUAAGCUACCAUCGGAAUAUCCACUACAAUUCAGUGGUGAAUCCCAACAAGGCUACCAUUGGUGUAGGGCUGGGCCUGCCGUCAUUCAAACCGGGGUUUGCAGAACAGUCCCUGAUGAAGAAUGCCAUAAAAACAUCGGAGGAGUCAUGGAUUGAACAGCAGAUGCUGGAGGACAAGAAGCGGGCCACAGACUGGGAGGCCACCAAUGAGGCCAUUGAGGAGCAAGUGGCUCGGGAAUCCUACCUGCAGUGGCUGCGGGAUCAGGAGAAACAGGCCCGUCAGGUCCGCGGCCCCACCCAGCCCCGGAAAGCCAGCGCCACAUGCAGUUCAGCCACAGCAGCAGCCUCCAGUGGCCUGGAGGAGUGGACUAGCCGGUCCCCCCGGCAGCGGAGUUCAGCAUCAUCUCCUGAGCACCCUGAGCUGCAUGCUGAGCUGGGCAUCAAGCCCCCUUCUCCAGGCACUGUCUUAGCUCUUGCCAAACCACCUUCACCCUGUGCACCAGGUACAAGCAGCCAGUUCUCGGCCGGGGCUGACCGGGCCACCUCUCCCCUUGUGUCCCUCUACCCUGCUCUGGAGUGCCGGGCCCUCAUUCAGCAGAUGUCCCCCUCUGCCUUUGCAGGUCUGAAUGACUGGGAUGACGAUGAGAUCCUAGCAUCGGUGCUGGCAGUGUCCCAACAGGAAUACCUAGACAGUAUGAAGAAAAACAAAGUGCACAGAGACCCACCCCCAGAUAAGAGUUGAUGGAGACCCGGGGACUGGAGACCGUUUCCCAACCCCAUCACUCCUACCCUCUGGUGCCACCCCACCUUCUUUGGCUUUCUUCCCUCUUGCCUUCUUCCCUUCUCCCUCUUGUCCCUCCUUUUCCUUCCCCCCACUUCCCUCUGGCUGGCCCACCCCUGUGUCCCCUCUCAUAGCUGCCACCACCACCACGUGUCUCUCUGCCAGCUGACGUGCCCUGUUGCCCCCUGCACAGCACCAUCCCUGCAUUCCACAGGGGACUCGGGCAAGGGUGCUGAAGGUAGGCAAGAGGCACACAGACAAACCACCUGGCCGCCAGGCAGCCCCAGAGGAGAGACAUUCAGACAGAGGAAAAUCUCCCUGCCCCUCAUUCCUCCCAAGAUCAGAAAAACUUGUCCCCUCCCCCAAAAUGAUGCCAGGGAGGUGGGGGAGAGAAGUGGGGAAUCCCCUUCCCAGUACCUCAAGAAUGUCUGAGCCUUCAAUUUUGAAUUUUUCUUUAUUAAAAUGUACUUUUAUCUUAUAAAAUUAACCAAUCAAAAAUGAUCUAGACAACAGCAUUGGCUCUGUAAAGAUGGCAUCUCUCUGGUUUGGGGAACAGGCAGGCCAUGAGGUAUGGAGGGGGCACAGUAGUGCGGUUCUGGCCUCCAGCUCUAUGGAGGUGCGUUGAGCUGGGGUGGGGGUGGGUAAGCAGGUAUCAGACUGGCUUUGGACAAUGAGACUGACCUUGCUGCAUUCCUUUUGCUUCCACCACCGCCAGUCUCUCUGGAAUCUCAGGGUUGGGGGGCAUCCUUGGGGAUCGUAGCCGCCACCCAGGAUUUGAGCGUGGGGAGUGGGAGCAGCCUCAGCAGAUGGGGCAUCUGUGCCCUGCAGGUAUUGAUAAGAUCCGCUAUCUGUAACGUCCUUGGCACAAUAAAACCAAAUGUCAGUUUCCUCUGA